AUGCUCCACGGAACUAACAUUCGGAAACUUCUUACAAGUACUUUGCAACCAGUGGAAAGUCUGACGUCCACUCACGGGCCUCUUCAGUCAUCAUUACUUAUCUCUUCGAUCAAUGGAAGCAUUAUAUCCUACUCCAAUGGAGAACCUACCACCAAGAACUACAACAAUUCCCAAAACAACCUAAAGAUGAUGGCGUUACUGAUUAGGGAUAAAUGGAACGAGGAUGAGCGAGAUACUGAAGAGCAGGCAACUCACAGCUGUUACAAUUUCAAAAUUGAAGAAGAGUCAACCAAAAUCUACACGUAUGAGCUCGAAGAUCUUCACGCCUGCGUUGCACAAAUUCCACGGAGCAGUCUCCUGCUGCUUUUCAUCGCAGAUGCAGAGUAUCCUUACGGCCUGCUGGUAAUGAAGAUAAAGAAGGCGUUAGUCGCAUUUAGAGAUAUGUAUGGAUAUAAGCUAGAAUAG